AUGGCGAUCACACUGGUCGUGCUGCUCGUGCUGCUGUUGCUACUGCCAGUGACUCGGGUCUUAGCUCAGGAGCAGCAGCAGCAGCAGCAGCAGCAGCAGCCGACGCAACAUGUUGUGCAGCCGGGCUGCCGUGACAAGUGCGGCAACAUCACCAUCCCCUACCCCUUUGGCAUCGGCGCGGGUUGCUUCCGCGACGAUGGCCGAGGUGGCUUCCAGCUUUUGUGUGAGGACUCCCUACCAGUGCCACGGCUGACCGUGGCUGACUACGGCAUCCAGAUCACCGGCUUAUCCAUUAGCACCGGCGAGGCCCAGGCCUCCCUCAACGCAUCACGCCACUGCUACAACAGCAAGGGGGGCAUGCCGAAGAACAAGGGAGACCCGAUCUUCUAUGGAAAGAGCACGACCUGCCGGUACGUGUUCUUGGUGGAGACAGAGUGGUUAAGUACCGGCUACACCGGCGAGAACUUCAACCGGAUAGACGACUUCGCCGUGCCCGUCGUUCUCGACUGGGCAGUACGGAACGUCAGGAACUGCAGAGCUGCUAGGCGCAACGAAACCAAGUACGCGUGCCAGAGCACGGUCAGCCAGUGCGUCAAUUCCAGAAACGGCGCUGGGUACCGGUGCGAGUGCUCCAAGGGGUAUGAGGGCAAUCCCUAUCUAGAGGAUGGAUGCAAAGACAUCAAUGAGUGUGAACACGAAGAAAAAGACGCAUGUUACGGAGUCUGCAUAAAUAUGCCGGGAAGCUACACUUGCGAGUGCCCUCCUGGGACUAGUGGAGAUGCCACAGCGAAGAAUGGCUGCCAGCCAAAGGACAGUUUCACUUUAGCACUGAAAAUAGUUACAGGUGUCAGCCUUGGAGUGUUCUUGCCAUUUUUCAUGUUCUUCUGGCUCUACUUGGGGCUCCAGAAGAGGAAGCUUAUCAGAACAAAGCAGAAGUUCUUCGAGCUAAAUGGAGGCCUCUUCCUGCAGCAGCAGAUAAGUAACAACAAUGGCACCAGCAAAGGAAAUGGUGGCUUCAAGAUCUUUUCCAAGGAAGAGCUGGAGAAAGCGACCAAAAACUUUGCAGCCGACCGUGUUCUGGGCCAUGGAGGACACGGCAUUGUCUACAAGGGUGUCCUUGAGGACAAGACAGUGGUGGCGAUCAAAAAGUCAAAGAUGGAAGAGGCCCCGACCAAGGAAUUCGCAAGGGAGAUGUUCAUCCUCUCCCAGAUAAACCACAGAAAUGUCGUCAAGCUGCUUGGAUGCUGCCUUGAAGCCGAAGUGCCCAUGUUGGUCUACGAGUUCGUCUCAAACGGUACACUGUACCACUACAUACAUGGUGACAAGGGCAUCAACUCUGAUAUAGCCUUUGGCACCUGUCUUCGGGUAGCGGUAGAGUCAGCCGAGGCACUGGCAUACAUGCACUCUUCGGCCUCGCCGCCAAUCCUCCAUGGAGACAUCAAGACGGCAAACAUUCUGUUGGAUCACAAGCUCACAGCAAAAGUUUCAGAUUUCGGAGCAUCAAAAUUGGCACCAACUGAUGAGGCCAAAAUGGCAACGUUGGUGCAAGGAACUUGCGGUUACCUUGAUCCAGAAUACCUAAUGACAUGCCUGCUGACUGACAAGAGUGAUGUGUACAGCUUUGGUGUUGUGCUUUUGGAGCUUCUGACAAGGAAGAAGGCAUUGUACUUGGAAGGGCCAGGAGAAGAUAGAAGCCUCGUUUUAUGCUUCAUGACGGCAGUGAAGGUAGGUCAGCACCAAGAGCUUCUGGACAGACAAGUGAAGGAUGAGAUGAGAAUCGAAGUGCUUGAAGAGAUCACGCACCUUGUGAUAAGAUGCUUAAACAUGAGUGGGGAGGAACGGCCGACAAUGAAGGAGGUUGCAGAGAGGCUGGAGAUGCUGAGGAGAUACCAGCACCAUCCGUGGGCUCAAGCGGAUGCAAAUCCGGAGGAGGAGCAGAGCUUGCUUGUUAUGAACCAACAGAAUGUGAAUUACAAGUUCACGCAGGAUUACAUCCUUGAUUUGUGA